AUGGGCAAUGCAUUACUGCAUAUUAAAGAUGUUGAGUCAUUGUUGUCUCGACUUCUGAAAAGGCGCAGUCAAUAUUAUUUUGAGGUGGACAAGUCAUCCCAGAAAUUGUCCAAAACUGAAGUCAAGAUCUUGUGCCUUCUACUGGAGGUUUGUGCUAUGCCUCCAUCACUGGAGGGGCAUGGUUGUGAAGAUUAUUUAUUAAGGGCCUUGCAACUGGAUGGGCUCUCUUCUGAAGAAUUUGCCGUUGUAGAACCUUGUGUUACUGUUUUGCAAAACCUAAGUGCUUCGUUUUACAGUGGAUUGACAACUGAAAAACAGGAGCUUCUAUUUCGUGAGCUUGUGUUUUUGUUUCGAAAUGCUAAUGGUGAUAUACAAAAUACAACAAGGGAGGCCUUGAUGCGCUUAAAUAUAACGUGCUCUACUGUAGUUCAGACACUCAAUUUCAUAUUCAAACAAGAAAGUUGUAUUGGUGGUUUUGCAUCUGGGAAGAAAAAGAAAUCUAUAGUGCCUCUAAUGUCCAGCUCGGAUGGUGAUGUGGUUUGUAAAGUAGAAACUGCAUCAUGCUUGCUAAGCUCCCUCCUCGACAUAUUGAUUCUAAAGAAAAAUAUUGCUAGCAGGGAACAUCUAAUAGGGCCCUUAUUCGAACUUCUUGAGAAAAUCUUUUUGGAUGAGUGGGUGCCUGCCCAAGAUGAAAAUUGGAUCAAAGCUUCAUCUGGAAUUUCCCAGACUGGGUCUAGCACAAUUUGUUACACUCAGCAAACACUAUUGCUAGUACUUGAAGAUAUUAUUGGUUCACUAAUAAAUGAUUUCCCAUUGAAGGAUGACAUAACAAAAAAGAUCAAUAUCAAAAUGUUGAUCAAAUGUGCCCGUUCUGCUAAGCAUGGAGUUGUCCGCAACCAUGUAUUCACACUGUUAUCAUCUAUUGCAAAGGUUCUUCCAGAGAGUAUGAUAGGGCAUAUAUUGGAUAUAUUUACUAUUGCUGGAGAAUCAACUGUCACACAGAUUGACAGCCAUUCACAACGUGUGUUUGAGAAUCUUAUAUCCGCAAUUGUCCCCUGUUGGCUGGCUGAGACACAAACCACAGACAAAUUGCUCCAGGUUUUUGUGAAUGUAUUGCCCGAAGUUGCUGAGCAUAGGAGAAUGUCAAUUGUUGUGUACUUGUUGAGGACUUUGGGUGAACAUAAUAGCUUGGCUUCAUUGCUUGUCCUUCUUUUCCGGUCCUUAGUUUCUAGGAAAGGACUCUCCCUCCUUGAUGAAACAAAUGAUCUUACAUCUUCUACACGGAGAGAGUGGGAGUAUGUCUUUGCAAUUCGGAUAUGUGAGCAAUAUUCUUGCAGGAUAUGGCUUCCCUCCCUUGUUCCUCUGCUUCAACUAAUAGGAGCUGGUAAUUCAUGCCAAGAAAUGUUUAUGGAAUUGCUAAUUGCAAUGAAAUUCAUUUUACACAAGUUAGAAGAUCCAGAAUUCUCAUUCAAGCUUGAAUCGAGAGAGGAUUCAGAUAAAAUUCAGAAUACCCUUCAAGAACUGAUGGAGCAUAUUGUUCAUCUUUCACAACUUAUUGAUGUGAGAAGAAAGCAAAUAAAUGUGCCUGUUAGAGUCAGAAAGGAAUUAAAAGAGUGUAUGCGUGCUGUUUUGAAGUCUACUACAACAGUUAUGAUGCCCUCGGCAUACUUCAGAGGCAUCCUUAGUUUGCUUUGCAAUUCGGAUGGAAAUGUGAAAAAGAAGGCUCUGGGGCUUCUUUCUGAAACUUUGAGGGAGCAUGAAUCAAUUAAAAUGAAACACAAGGGAAGAAAAGAUUCCAAUGCAAGUUCAAGUACCGAUUGGUUCCAUAUGAAUGAGAGUUCCCUCGACUCUUUUCAGCAGAUGUGUUUGGAAAUAGUUCAGCUAAUUGAUGAUACAGUGGAUGACUCAGAUACUUCCUUGAAACUGUCAGCAGUUUCCACACUGGAAGUUUUGGCCCAUAGAUUUUCUUCUAAUUAUUCUGUCUUCAGCAUGUGCCUUCCAUCUAUCGCAAAAGGCAUUGGUUCGAACAACUUGGCUAUUUCUUCUAGCUGCCUUCGAACAACUGGUGCUUUAGUAGAUGUUCUCGGGCCAAGAGCAUUUGUUCAACUGCCUCAAAUAAUGGAGAAUGUGAUAAAAAAAUCUAGCAAAUUCUCUGCUGCACUGUCUAUGCCUGAAGAAUCUCUUAUGCUCUCUAUUCUUGUCACUUUAGAGGCUGUUGUAGACAAGCUUGGCGGUUUCCUCAGUCCAUAUCUUGAAGAUAUUAUACGACUCAUGGUGCAUGGUCCCAAGUAUACAUCAGGAUCAAAAAUGAAACUGAGACAGAAAGCUGAUGCUGUACGGAAGCUGCUUGCCGAGAAGAUCCCUGUUCGACUUGCCCUUCCACCAUUGCUGAAGAUGUAUCCGGAUACUGUGGAGGCUGGGGAUUCAAGUGUGGCAGUUUUCUUUGAAAUGCUUGCAAGCUUAGUUGGUACAAUGGACAGAUCAUCCAUUGGUGGUUAUAAUGAAACAAUUUUUGACCUCUGCUUGCGUGCCCUUGAUCUUCGUCGUCAACAUCCUGUUUCAAUUCAAAAUAUCAACCUUGUUGAGAAAAGCAUCAUCAAUGCAAUGAUUGCCCUGACAAUGAAACUUACAGAGACCAUGUUCAAGCCUCUCUUUAUUAGAAGUAUUGAAUGGGCUGAGUCAUAUGCAGAAGAGAUUGCCAGUAAGGACAGUAUUAUAGAUAGGGCCAUAUCUUUCUAUGGUCUGGUAACCAAACUUGCUGAGAAUCAUCGGUCUCUGUUCGUUAGUUACUUUGAGUACUUGCUAGAGGGUUGUGUACGGCAUCUUACUGAUAUUGUAGAGCCUAAAGGUGCUUGUUUCAUUCGAAAGAAAAAGAAAGCUAAGAUUCAGGAGGAUGGAAGUGAUAUAAAACAGAAUGCGGUUCUAUCACUAAAAAGCUGGCAACUCAGGGCUUUGGUCAUCUCAGCUUUACAUAAGUGCUUUUUGUACGACACUGGGAGCCGGAAGUUUCUUGAUUCGUCAAAAUUCCAGGUUCUGUUGAAACCCAUUGUCUCACAGCUUGCAGUCGAACCACCAGCAUUACUAGAAGAGUAUCCAAGCAUGCCCUCUGUUAACGAAGUUGAUGAAUUAUUGAUAGUUUGUAUAGGUCAAAUGGCUGUUACUGCAGGAAGUGAUCUUCUUUGGAAGCCCCUGAACCAUGAGGUAUUGUUGCAAACUCGGAGCGACAAGAUACGAUCUCGAAUUUUAGGACUGAGAAUUGUUAAGUAUCUUGUGGAUAACUUGAAAGAAGAAUAUUUGGUCUUCCUGCCUGAAACCAUCCCCUUCCUGGGUGAAUUGCUCGAGGACAUGGAGUUACCAGUUAAAUCUCUGGCCCAGGAUGUUCUGAAGGAAAUGGAGUCGAUGAGUGGCGAAAGCCUCCGGCAAUAUCUCUGA